AUGCCGCCAUCGAAGUGGGACGACGAGAGCGAGGGUGAGGGCAACUCGCCUGCGGCACCCGUCGUGCGCCGGGGCAAGUUUGACGACGAGGAGGACGAGAACGAUGUCCUUGACUCCUGGGAUGCCGCCGAAGACUCCGAAGUCGAGCGCGAGAAGGAGAAGAAGGCCGCCGAAGCCAUGGCAAAGGCCCAGGCUGAUGCCAAAGCGAACCACAAGACCAAGAGCCAGAGAAUAGAGGAUCGCAUCAAGGAAAACAAGCUGAAGAAGCAGGCAGCCGCGGAUGACAGCGAAGAGGAAGAGGACGAGGCCACACGCCGCGCACGGCUGCGCAAGUCCGAGAUGGACUCCGACCUAGCGGCAGCCGAAGACCUCUUCGGCGAGCUGGCUAUCGGCGGCGGCAGCAAGCGCUCUGCCGCGAAGCCCACCCUCCUGGCCGACCCGAACGAUGCGAACAACACCAUCGACCUGUCGACGCUCAAGAUUUUCAACCCGAGCACCAAGGAUGACUUCCACAAGCUCCGUGACACGCUGGCGCCACUUAUCGCCGCCAACAGCAAGAAGCCGCAGUAUGCUCUUUUCCUGCAGGAGUUCUGCAAGCAGAUUGCCAAGGAGCUCCCCAGCGAUCAGAUCAAGAAGAUCUCCAGCGGUCUCACUACGUUGUCCAACGAGAAGAUGAAGGAGGAGAAGGCGGCGGAGAAGGGCGGCAAGAAAACCAAGGCGGCGAAGACGAAGACGAGCUUGAACGCUUCACGCGACGUGGCGUACAAAGCUGAUACUGCAACCUACGACGACGACUUCGGCGACGACGAUUUCAUGUGA